GGACUUUCCGCUCCCGAAGAAGCCCCUUCAUAUAGACGCCCUCUUCGGCCAUUCACCUGCGAUUCUCUGAAGGACGUCUACAAAGGAUUUGAAGACGAGAAAUCUCAUGAGUUGGUAAGGUGUUUUCCCCAUGGAUGCUGUUAAAGGAGAAUCCAAUUAUGAUACCAUGCAAUGUAUGCCUAAGAAGGAAGAGGGCUCGUCGGUUGGCAUAAAAGUCUUGUUUUUUGCGAGAGCUCGUGAUUUGACUGGGUUGAGUGAUGUGCGUUUGGAGGUCCCUUUUGGUAGCACUGCAAGUGACUGUUUAAAGGAGCUCGCUGUAAGAUUUCCGGGCCUGGAAGAGAUCCGUCAAUGCAUAGUUCUGGCACUGAAUGAAGAAUAUGCAAGCGAAUCAACCGUUAUUAAGGAGAACGACGAACUGGCCAUCAUCCCUCCCAUAAGCGGGGGAUGAUUCUUCCUGUUAGCAGCCAUUGGCGCAAUCAUCACCCACAAACACAAGCUAUUAUGUCAUACAUGUUUCAUCUAGAGAGAGGGGUACUGUUGAAAUUACUAAGACCCAGUUACUGGUGUGUAAUUUGUUUGUUUCAAACACCACUUUCCUCCCUUGUAUGGAACACUGUAAAGAUUAACUCCUGAUUUGCAUUUGUAUGGGAAAACCCAUCAAGGACCAAUUCCUCAAA